CUCUUCAGCGAGUGCGACUAUAAGAAACCAAGACUUCUCCAAGCUCUUCACUGUCGACUGAUCAAUUUAAUUUGUGGGAUAUAUUUCUUUUGCUGCAGAGCAAGCAAUGAUGACGGCACGUAGCCUGAUUGCAUGUAUUGCAUGGAUAUUGUUGUUGAGUUUGAGUAAAGUGAAGGGGCAGCUCAAUUCGACCUUUUACGGUACUACCUGUCCAAAUGUAUCGUCGACAGUCCAAGCUGCGGUGCAAGCUGCAGUCGCCAAUGAAUCAAGAAUGGGCGCUUCUUUACUCCGUCUUCACUUCCACGACUGCUUUGUUAACGGCUGCGACGGAUCCAUACUGCUGGACGACUCGGUGAACAUAACCGGAGAGAAAACCGCUGGGCCAAACAACAAUUCUGUAAGAGGAUUCGACGUGAUCGAUACCAUCAAAUCCCAAGUUGAAGCAAUCUGCAGUGGAGUAGUGUCUUGUGCAGACAUUCUCGCCCUUGCUGCUCGUGAUUCUGUGGUCGCGUUGGGAGGGCCAACAUGGACAGUGCUGCUAGGGAGGAGGGACUCGUUAAAUGCAAGCCUAAGUGAUGCAAACAGCAACAUUCCAGCCCCGACAUUGAACCUCAGCGGACUCAACUCAUCAUUUAUUGGAAAGGGUCUUUCUACCCAGGACAUGAUUGCCCUUUCAGGUGCUCAUACAAUUGGUCAAGCGCGGUGCACCACUUUCAGAACUCACAUCUACAAUGAAACCAACAUCAACAGCACAUUCGCCACUUCUGUGCAGGCUAACUGCCCUUUCAGCGGUGGAGAUGAUAAUCUUUCGCCCUUAGAUGUACAAACUCCCACGACCUUUGAUAUCGACUACUACACAAAUCUUAUGAGUCAACAAGGUCUUCUUCACUCAGAUCAGGAGCUUUUUAAUAAUGGAUCAGCUGACUCUCAGGUUACUACCUACGCUAACAACCAGACAACAUUCUUCAGUGAUUUUGCAGCUGCCAUGGUGAAUAUGGGAAAUAUAAGCCCUCUCACUGGUAGCAGUGGAGAAGUCCGAACCAACUGUAGGAAGCCCAAUCAAUCAAUCAUGAGGCGAGAUACUUUGAGUGCAUGUAUUGCAUGGAUUUUAAUGUGUUUGAGUAACGUGAAUGGGCAACUCAAUUCGACGUUUUACAGUUAUACAUGUCCAUAUCUAUUGCCGAUAGUGAGAGAUGCGGUGACGGCGGCAGUCGCCAACGAAAAACGAAUGGGUGCAUCGUUGGUCCGCCUUCAUUUCCACGACUGCUUUGUUAACGGGUGUGACGGGUCGGUGCUGUUGGAUGACUCAUCGACCAUAACCGGAGAAAAGACUGCCGUUCCUAAUAACAAUUCCUUAAGAGGAUUCGACGUGAUUGACACCAUUAAAUCAAAAGUCGAGGCAAUAUGCAGUGGAGUUGUUUCUUGUGCAGACAUUCUCGCCAUUGCUGCUCGUGAUUCUGUGGUCGCAUUGGGAGGACCAUCAUGGACUGUACAGCUGGGAAGGAGAGACUCAUUAACAGCAAACCUAAGCGGAGCAAAUAACGAUAUUCCAGCUCCCACACUGAAUCUUACCGGACUCAUCUCAGCUUUCAAUGCUAAGGGUCUUUCUGCCAGGGACAUGAUUGUGCUUUCAGGUGCUCAUACGAUUGGUCAAGCUCGUUGUACCAACUUCAGAAGCCACAUAUACAACGAAACCAACAUCUUGAGUUUAUUUGCCAACUCUCUCCAGGCUAAUUGCCCUUUCAGUGGUGGAGACGACAACUUGUCGCCCUUAGAUAUCCUAACUCCCAACACCUUUGAUAACUAUUACUACAAAAAUUUGAGAAGCCAGCUGGGACUUCUUCAUUCCGACCAAGAGCUAUUUAAUGGUGGUUCUGCUGACUCUCAGGUGACUACAUAUUCCAACAACUUGUUUACCUUCUUCAGUGAUUUUGCUACUUCCAUGGUGAAUAUGGGCAACAUCGAUCCCCUUACGGGUGGCAGCGGGGAAGUACGAACAAAUUGUAGGAAGCCCAAUUGA